CACGUCUUCGAUAAAUGACCUGUCAUGAGAAUGCUACUUAAACGAGCCCCGUGUCUGACACCACACAUGUUUAAUUAAUCCACCACAGUAGAAAUCACACGUACAACAUGAUAGCCCGAAGUCUGCUACUUCUGAUUCCGCUCACCAUGUAUUUGGUCUGUAAGACAGAGGGUUGCGGAAGAGGAGAUUGGAAAGUUUUGGAGAAGUAUUGGCUAGAAGAAGAAUUGACACAAAUGACGGAUAUGAAAAUGCCUUCGGAAGCAGUCGAUGAAUUUCUAAAAUUAAUAUAUAGCAAACCACAAUAUCGUCAGCUGCAAGACGAAAUAGAUCAAUUCAGGAGUAUAAUGGAGAAAGAACUGGCGAAAAAACUGGCGAAACAAAAACGAAGGAAAAGAGAAGGAAUGUUUAGAGACUUCAAGCACACUUACACCGAGAUGCACAAGGACAUGACAAAGUUCAUUCUAAAGCUUCUGAGGAGGCUGAAAAGAAGCGGCCCAGCUGAGGCGAAAAAUCUCAAGCCCAUCGUUCUCAUCCUACCGCCUAAUGGCGCUUUCUUCGAUAUCAAGCAUACGAGCUUGGUUCUGGAGUUGUGGGAGAAGACGGUCGUCGCCCUGAAGCUUGUGCUCGAGAGCAUUGAUAGAUACGUGACGAAAAAGCAUCUGGUAUGGUUUGAAGAACAAAAGGGAAAGUUUGAGAGGUGGAUUUACGUAGUAAACGGCUAUGCAGAGUUGCUGAGAAAAAAAACGACUUUUAAGGAUGAAUUCGCAACCGCGCCUCCAAUAGAAAUAGACAUAUCUAACAGAGGAACUGCUGAUUUACAAUUAACAAGAAAAUUGAAAAAAAAAAUAGAUGUCAUCAUCAAGGAAUCUUAGACAAUGAUGAUUCAAGAGAAGCGCGUAAUUUGUUAAAUAGUUACAUUGCCGCUUUGUAAUAGAUGUCUGACAAUAAAUAAAUCAAAGUUAGUUUUA